ACAACAAGACGGAAUCAGUAACAGCGACGUCUGUCUGGACAAACUUCCUUCUUACAGUCUGACGGUUCACGGGGCAUGAUCGGUUCGGUCAUCAGCAGACACACACGUGGGACUUCAAACUGACGAAGAAAAACAUUAAACCAUGAAGGAGUUCAUCAUCUGAGCAGUCGUUACAAACUGUCGCCUUUAUGAAAGCAGCCUACCGUUAUUCGAAGCAAUUUCUGCUGCCAGAUGUAACCAAUGGACGAUUAUGAUACCUGGGAGACCCUUUGAAACACGUAGUUCGUCUAAAUCAGUGGUAUUCAACCUGGGGGUACGCGAAGACAUCUUAGCGGCCAUGACGAUGCCGACAGCAGAGUCCACGGCGAUGACGGACGGACUGACAGACGACAUGAAGUUUAACGACGGCCACCGGAUGUCCAUCUUCACGUACAGCAUCCUGAUGGCGGUGUCGGCGGUGGCCAAUGUCACCGUCCUGGUCAACAUCCUGAGAAGGCGACGAGCCCUCCGCUUCCGGAAUAACUACAUGUUCAUGCACCUCGCAAUCGCGGACCUGCUGGUCACGUUCCUGAUGAUGCCGCUGGAGAUCGGGUGGAACGCCACUGUGUCCUGGAAGGCAGGGGACGCUGUCUGCAGAAUCAUGUCCUUCUUCAGGACGUUCGGACUUUACCUCUCCAGUUUCGUCAUCGUCUCCAUCAGUCUGGACAGGUGUUUCGCCAUCCUGAGGCCAAUGUCUAACGUCGUGAAUGUGGCACACCGAGGCAACAUGAUGCUAACUGUCGCCUGGUCUCUCGCCACACUCUGCAGCAUUCCACAGGUGGUGAUAUUUCACGUGGAGCGCCACCCAAACGUCACGUGGUACGAGCAAUGCGUCGCGUUCAACAUGUUCCCCACGAAGUUACACGAACUCACGUAUCGUGUCCUCGGCAUGGUCAUGAUGUACGGGUUGCCACUGGCCGUCAUCAUCAUCUCUUACGCGUGCAUCAUCGCUGAGAUAUUCCGGCGCUACCAACUGUCCCCGGACGACAGCUUCCGACGGUCGAGCCUCGUGUUCCUGAACAGGGCCAGGAACAGGACCUUGAAGAUGGCGAUCAUAAUUUUCGUGGUGUUCUUCAUCUGCUGGACACCUUAUUACGUCAUGUGCCUGUGGUACUGGAUUGAUGAGGCAUCUGCUGAGACAGUGGACCAACGGGUGCAGAAGGGCCUCUUCCUCUUUGCCUGUACCAACUCAUGCAUGAACCCCAUCGUGUAUGGCUACUUUAACUUUCGGUCGGGGCGAGGCAGUGGGUACGCGGCCCCCGGAGGGCGAACAGGUCAGCAGUUGCAGCAUCAGAACAUCGUUGCACUGAGCGCAAGCACAACAGGUGCAAACAGCAGGCGGGGGAGCAACUCCAGCAGCAUCUGUCGGAACAACAGCAACCAGAACAUGUGGAAGAACAGUCACCGGCCAGCCCACAUGCCUCGCAUAAACAGCAAGGAAACGGAUCAUCCUGCCACCCAGACAACCUCAAGCAACAUGACAGACAAGCCGAAGACCCAGCAAACAACAAACAACAAAGAGGAGGAGCAUGAACAGCCGCGUCCCACCUCAGAAACUAACAACUGCAGCUCCAGGACUUCGCCGACUGUCGAACGUGCAAACGACACUACUUUGACGACUGUUGUCUGCAGAUGAUUUGAAAUAUGUGUAAACAGCUUGAGAUACUGAUAAUAUUUUCUCCCCGCUCCAUGAACAUUAAGUGGAGGCAUAUUCCCCAUAUCUGGGAAAAUGAAGUUCCUGCUACAUUACUUGCUCUUAUAUUUAUUAUAGAUGAUAAGACAAGAACAAUGCAGUUCACUCUAUUCUAAUAUUUUAGGAUCAGCGGAGUACAUCUGGAACGAGCAAGCAAACAAAACACGACCUUCAAUUGACUACAAUCACGGAACAGUUGACAUAUUUGUAGGUUAUAUACUGAGCUAUUUCAAAUGCAUUGAAUGACAAAAGCAAGAUGUUUGGUUAUAAUGGCAAAGAGACAGGUUCUGCCAUUGCUGGGAAUAAAAGACAGGACAUCCAAUACAAAGCCAGUCACCUUGACUGAGAUACCGUAGCUCGUGGGUUUCAAGAGUCGAGAGAAUAUUCGACCUUCAUCAUCCCACUUCUGACAUCAAUGUAACGUGGGGUCGGUUUAGCGACCCUGAUUUAUUCACGACAAAUUAAAUCAGUUACAGAGGUCUGCGCAUACAGUCAACUCUCCACAACAACAACACACUUCGUGUCUCUGUUCUCUGCACGAACAUUGCUUAUCGCUUGCCACCAAUGUCCGCAACAGCAUAUCGCUUGCAACUCACUUCUACAUCCUGACUCUCCUCAACACUCUCUCCAACACUCAUUAAACAGACACAACAAUUAUAAACGAAUACAACAAUUCCAAAAGCAACAAUGUCUAUAAAUAGACACAACAAUGUCGAAUACAACAAUGUCUAUAAAGGAAUACAACAAUGCCAAACCCAAUAAUCUUAAUAAACAGACAACAAUGCCAGACGCGACAAUGUCAAUAAACAGACAACUAAACUGUUUAUUGACAUUGUUAUGCUGCUCUCACGCCAAAACAUCACAAUAUGGUAAUGGGGAAACAGCCACUAUAAUACAGGGUUGAACUGACUGGACUUUGAUCCCAGGUUUAGUGUUACGCUAACAUAAUACGCAGCCAGGCGUGGUUAGCUGGAUCGUGCGUAAACUGCAGCGUAUGAAUGAUAUAGAUCAGCUAAUGAAUUCUGAAACUGUGGAACACAGAUUGUUUUCAGGUGUUCCAUUUGAUUAUGCUGAAUCCUUAAAAUGUCCUGAUUAAAAAGAAAUUGUUAUAUUUAGACAUUCUGUAUUCUGGGAAACAGUACAAGGUUUAAUAAAUCUUGUGUAGUCAAAUUUCCUGUCUUGAAAAGUUUGAUUCAAUUUUGUUCAAUUCUACUAUCCAUUUUAUUAAAGUUUUAAAGUAUAAGAAGUUGAUAUGUUUCUGUGGUAUAGGUCUUAUAUUAUACGAGAACAAAAAUAACUAUUUCAGUGUUAAUUGUUUGUAUAAAAUGUUGACAAACAAGUCUAGUCUAGGUCUAGGAAUACCAAUGAUAUUUGGAAAGACUUGUAAGAGAGCGAUACAGGCACCAAAAAUUGCUUAAUGUUCUUUCUUUAAAUACUGAUAUCUGUUUACUAUUUCCUGUUCGCUAGGCUACAGAAAUGCACUUGCAGAUGGCGACAAAAACAUUUUUAGCCUCAGCCCAAAUCUAUUACAAGUGAAGUCAACAAAUUAUGUUCUGGUUGAGAUUUGAAGAUCUCAAGGUGGCACGUGUGACGAUAGUUGUCUUCUGUGAUGUUUCACCAUCUAGUCUGGUAGAUACUGACAUUUGAGAGGCACUUACUGCCUCCAUUAAAAGGGCAAUGAGUAAGCAGUGUACGGGGGCAGUAUCCCAAAAGACACUUAUCCUCAAAACUGUUUUGCCCCUGCUACUGAAAUCGAGACAUUGUAUAAAAAUGUUAUACAAUUUACCAAAAUAAAUAUAUUUGUACAAAUCAUAAUGUGAGGUUAGAGGCAAGUGAAUUUUGUUAAGUACCUGUCAGUUUAGUUUCUUUCUGGAUCAUUGUUUAUUGCAGUGAUGUGUUACUUAUGUUAUUGUUAGCAACUCAACCAAUAUAUUUUCUCUGUGGAAUGAACCCUUCAUUUUUAUGAACACAGAGUUCCGCUCUAUGAAAGAGCAUGUCGUGUUAUGGGUGGAUUUUGUUGUUGUCGUCGUUGAAAAAUAUAAAAAUUGUUCUAACAUCAAUUUAUGGUUUUGAGAUAUUCAACUACAAAGGAAAGACACAAACAGUUUUGUUUUGGAUUGAGUUUUGAAUGGGGGCAAUAUAUUUAUGUCUGCAAAUAUGAAAUAUAACAUUGGUGUAUGACAACUGGGUCAAACCUAACCUAAACGAUAUUUUCCUUCAUUAAAACUGAAGACAUUCAUUAUUCUUGUAAUGUAAAUGUUGUCUGUGAACUUUAGUCUUAAGAGCAGAAUUGAAAACGCAUCUAUGUGUAAAAUUUUAUCUAUUUUUCUAUGUAGUAUAAAUAUUAUAUUGUAUAUUAAUUUUAUGUCAUCACUGUUGUAAAGCUGUUAUUGACAAUAUUUUAUAUGAUAUUUCACCGCUUGCUUCUAUUUGCUUUCUGUGAUAUAAUUCCAUCACCACAUCUUUCAUGUGCAACCUGAAACUUUGUGGCAUCUAAGAGAAGGGCAGAGAAGUCAUUAAUAACAGUUCUCUUAACAGGACAGGCAACCUUGAGAACAACUAAUGACAUUCAAGAUGGCAGUGACCCAAUGACAAGAAGUAUCAGAUAACUUCAUGGCUACAACAUGUUAUUCUGAAGAUACUUACUAUGGAACAUUUUUCUUAUAUUAAUCUUUCAAAUAUAAAGAUAACUUUGUCAUUUAUUUAUAUACACAACAUUUAUUCACGUAUGACUGUUUUACGCAUUUGAUGUUCAGUCAUAAAACAUUAGAUCACCCAUUGCUCUACUGUAAUGUGUAAGAGAAAACUGAAGACUUUUGUUUCCUUACAUUUCUUUUACAGGAAAAUUCAAGUUUCAUUCGUAAUGUUGCUUAGUACAGUGUUAAUGGAUUUCCAAAUAAAAUCUUAAAUUAAUGUA